ACCCGAGUCAAAAUACGCCCUGACCCAGCGGCCGGUACCGUAUCUGUCUCACGAGGUCGUUUGGGGGACCUCACCUGGCUGCUGCUGAUGGAAACCAGACAACAAGAGCUGUACUCUAGUGUUCUGAGUGAAGCAGUGGUGGACUGGGGCAGUAUGGGUCCUGGAGAGGAAUGGGUUAACUCAGCCAGACGCGAGGGAAAGCAGGGCUUUCUGGACUCUGAGCCACUGAGAGAGGCUGAUGAAGAAUUGGUGUCAGAAGUCAACUUAAACAUCUCCGUCAUGACAGAGGAAGAGAGAGAGGAGAUUCAGCAAGAAUUGGCUAAACUGGAGGAGGAGAUCAGUACACUGAAGCAGGUUUUGUCAUCCAAAGAGAAGCAGCACACAGAGCUCAAACAGAAACUGGGCAUCACUCCUCUGAGCGAGCUCAAAAACAACUUCAGCAGAGGCUGGCAUGACAUGCAGAGCUCCACGGCCUACAAGAAGACAUCAGAGACGCUUUCCACAGCAGGACAGAAAACCUCAGCAGCCUUCAGCACCCUCGGCACCGCCAUCACCAGGACGUUCGGAGACAUGAGAAAUUCUCCCAGCUUCAAGUCUUUCGAGGAAAAAGUUGAGAAUACAGUGUCGACCAUCAAGACAAAGGUCGGUGGUACGGGGCCCGGAGGCAGCUUUGAAGAAGUCCUCUCAUCCACAGCAAAUGCCAGUUCUCAGGACACGCCCACUAACAACCUGACGGACAGCUCUGAGAGGCCAUGUUAGAGCUGCGUCCAAACCAGGGGGCAGUACUAAAACCAGGAACUUUAUUACUGCAGUAACACAGCACUUUGUCACAUAUCUACCCAAAGCUAUGACUGAAAUUUUACUUUUUAUUUGGUCAAAAGUGUUAAGAUGCGUUUGCAAACAGUCCCAUAUAUGUUAUAAGGUCUCCUCACACUUGGAUGGAAUUCCCUGCAACCCUAAAAGCUUAGACUCAAUAGAAAAUUAACCCCAUAUCACGUCUUGACCUGGUUUAGAGCUGGUUGAUCUCUGUGGCUGAAGGGCUCUUGUCAUACUUCAGUGUGGUCGAUUUUUUUCAGCAAAGACAAACAUUACCUUGCCUCCCAUGUUGCCUCCAAACCACGUUAAAGCAUAGAUGUCGGUCAGAUGAGCUUGACGGGGGAAACGCAGCUAAGCCUUAGUUAAAAAAGAUAAUGAAAUGGAAAGAGGAUGAACAGAUUCCAAGUCAGCCCCAGGAGGCAGAAAGAACCAAAACCCAGUGGUUCUGGUCUGUAUUUAUUCUGACACUUAAGUGGAGUGUCUCACGGUUUGGCUCAUGUAGUUACCCUGUCAUCACAAGGGAAAAAUUCCACUGUCAGAUCAAAGCUGGAACCCCUCAGACUCAAAACAAGAUGUUGUUAGUUCCUUGGUUUGAUAUGUCAGUUCAACAUAAAUGGAAACAGUCGUGCUGGACUUGGUAGAUGUUCGGCACAUUUGAAAGUACUGCUUGAAUCCA